UUUCUCCAGAAGGAAUUGAAGCAUGUACUACUUCUUCCAUUAAAGUUGAUAUAAAGGAUAUCAUCCGUGUUGCUUUGAAUAGUGAUUUAAGAGCCAUUGGCAAGAAAUUUCUUCCAAACGAAAUCAACAGUGGCCGAGUGGAACAGCUUGAAGGUCCAUGUGUCUUACAACUACAAAAGAUCAGGAAUAUAUCUGCUCCAAAAGAUCAUGAGGAAUCUCAAGCUGCACCGAGGAUGUUGCGUGUGCAAUUGACAGAUGGGAAUGUGAAUUGCAUAGGAAUAGAGUUUAGUCAUCUGUCUAAAAUCAGCCUCAACACCCCACCUGGCACAAAAGUAAGAUUAUUUGGAACUGUUAAAAUAAGGAAUGGAUUUCUGUUGUUGAGUGAUGCCAAUAUUUUUGUCCUUGGUGGUGAAGUGGAUCAACUAAUUGAGAAGUGGGAGUUGCAAAGGAGUUUGGCAAAAUAUAAUAGAAGUAAUAUUGGAACUGAAGGUGGACCACCUCCUUUUGUCCCUUUUGGGCAGAAAUGCUUAUCACGUGAUCAAGUUGAUAGCAGAGAUCUUGACAAGAGGAAAACAUUACAGGUUGCCAACACAAAUAAAACUGUUGGAGAUGAUGAAUUUGAAAAGCAAAGGAUUGCUGCUAUUGCAGAAAUUAGCAAGAAUAAGGAGGCAAAGAUAUUUGGUGGAGGAAGCAAUGUCCGGAGCAAUUUGAAUUCGAGUGGUACAGGCAUCAAGAACAGGGAUCCUUUCCAGAAAAAUAGAGAGGAAAAGUAUACAAAGGCAGACGGGAAAUAUGAAGGAGUAUAUCGAGAAUUGGUUGAUGAGCGAGCUUUACAGAACAUAACUGAAAUGGGCUUCAGCAAAGAAGAAGCAAGACAGGCCCUAAUGGAUCAUAGCAAUAAUUUAGAAAAUGCUUUAAACUUUCUUAUCAACAGCAACAAAGCACCACCAGCAAUGCAUAAUCCACCUGUAAGAGGAAAAGGAAGAGGUAGAGGCAGAUCAAGACUUGAAGAUGAUGACAAUUUAACAAAUGCAAGGCCAUCUGCACCAAGCACAUUGUUUGACUUCUUAGAAUCAAAAAUGAGUUCCUUAAGUGUUGAAGAGUCAAAAACGCAGCUUCCACAUCACUCGAGCACUGACAAAAGUAUUGCUGUGAAGGGCUUUCAGCAGAAGAAUGCCCCUUGGAAUAAUGAUCGGCCACAAAAACACGACAGACCACCUCGCUUUCAAAGGGAGAAUGUAAUUGCCAGACAAGCUUUGGAGAACCAUGGUCCACAGCGGGGCAGAGGUCCUGAAAGACACAAUUCAACCGGAUCUAACCAAUGGGUAGAUGAUGGAAGAAGAGGUGGCAAGCAUUACCCUGGUAGUGAAAGGCUAAGAGACUAUGAGCAACAAAUUUUUCACUUGGUUAAUGAGUCGGCUAGAAAGACUAAAGGAGAAAGCCAAAUAAAUAAACUAGGAGAUGGUCUAGGUUCGCUGGAAUUUAAAGGUAGCCAGAGUAAAAAAGAACAAUUGGAUAACAGUGGUCAGCAGCGAGGAAAAUUUGAAAACCAGAGGCAUAAUUAUAGUACUUUCAAUGACCGGAAAGGUAUCGAACUAUCUCAAGUAAUUGGUAGUGGGAUCUCUGGAAAUGUGAAAACCUCAAGAGACUUGAAUUUGCACGUUGACACCACCUCUACACGAAUUGUUGAUGCAUGUAACAUAUCUAAUGGACAAUUAGAAGAUUCCUUUCUGAGGAAAAGAACAGGACCUAUAAAAUUAACAGAGCCUAGCCAGUCAAAGUUUACUGAAUAUUCUCAGAGCAAUAAUGGGAUUUAUGAUUCCGGAUCAAAGAAAAGAACCGGACCAAUUAAACCAGAAAGAACGUGGGAAAAACCGUAUGAGACUGAUUACCCUUCUUCAGCAGUGUCAAAUAAAUCACAGUUUAGUGAUUGGAGACCAGGGGAUCAGUGCUUAGCUCUUUAUUGGGAAGAUAACAAGUUUUAUCGGGCGGUCAUUCAGGCCCUUCAUCCUUCAGGAGCAACAGCAGUUGUUGUGUUCAGAGACUAUGGGAACUAUGAAGAAGUUCUUCUAAGUAACAUUAAACCACUUCGGGAGGAAUUUUGGGAAGAGGAGGUAGCAAAGCAUUGGGAUAGUGAAGCAAAUGGGAUUUGGUGA